UCUUCUUCUUGAACCGGAUGUCCCUUUUUUUUUCUUCCGGAAGAAGUGCGGUUGCUGAUGGAGCGGGGCUGGCGUCAUGGCUAGGCGAAUGUUUUAUCCCCUGUACCAGUUUGGCAAUCCUCAACUGAGGGUUUUCCGGACAGAUUACUUCUUGACAUUGGUGAGGCCUGGAGUUCCACUGUCAGAAGACACUGUGCAAUUCCGCAUCCCUAUGGAGAUGACAAAAGUGGAAGUGAAAGAUUACCUUGAAAACAUCUACAACGUGCCUGUUGCAUCUGUAAGAACCAGGAUACAGUAUGGAUCAAUGAGGAUGAGGGACUACAAAAACUGUCGAAUCAAAAAGCCAGACUACAAAGUUGCCUAUGUACAGCUGGCUGCAGGAGAAACCUUUCAGUUUCCGGACUUGUUUCCAGAGACCAAAAAGACCAUUGAGCCCGGCUCUUUUGAGGACGUGCAGCAGAAAUAUAUGGAAAAAAAGAAAGAGAAGCUGAGUGAGGAUGUCAGACGAUCAGGAGUUCCUAAAUGGUUUGGACUAUGAGAAAAUCAACCUCUGUUUUUUUUAAGUUUCUAUGGAAGGACUUGAACCAUUGUAUCAGAUGUUGGUCUGUCUCUUGUAAUGCCAUGAUCUGGGUUUUUUAAAACCAUGUAACAAGUUGUUGUUUGUACUCAUUUUGCACAAUGGAAUUAUUUGCCAAAGAAAUGGAUAGGUACAUGUGGCAAAUCAAGAACAGCCCUUUUAUUUGCAGCACAUAGGUUUCCCUUCUGUAAAGGAAAAGAAGCAGCCAGGUUCCUAUCUGUAUGGAGAGGGGACCAUCCAACCCACCACUGUCUUUCUUCCUGCUCCAGAUCAAUUAUUUGAAGGUUGUUUACUGGAGCAGACAAAGUAUAUGUAAGGGCUGGGAGAGGCAGCUUCUGUAAUGUAUGAAUUGUGACAAUUUAGCUGCUUCUGAAUGGUUAAAGAGGCUAAUGCUUUGGACAUCUUGUGUGCAAGUGAUGACACUUUGGGAAUACAUGGAAUUAUGGUCUCCUCAGCAUUCCUUAUAACUGGGAUUAGAAGGCAGCAUAAAAUGUGUUUUCCAGACCUGAAAAUAACAUUGAAGUUUUGAAAUAUGGAUGCACCAGCUGAAACUGACCCAAUAAAAGGCAUUGCAUUGCCCACUUCCUC